CCCCAUCUUUAAGCCCCAGUCGGAGCGCCGUUAACCACAAGACAACAGUGGAUAGGAUAGGGGACUGGCCGUCAGGGAAGUAAAGCUCCACACUCGUAACAAAUAAGGGAAGAGUUGUCGUAAAUGGGUACAAACAACAACCGACUGGACAUCUAAACAUGAUAGAAACAAUGGAUACCCAGCGUGCCUUGCAGGCGGUGGAGCGUCUCCAGGCCAAACUGAAGGAGCGGGGGGAGGUGCCCACCGAGGAAAAGCUCAACCUCCUCAAAUCAGUGCUCCAGAGCCCCCUCUUCCACCAGAUCCUGGCCCUGCAGAAGUCUGUCCAGCAUCUCAGAGACCAGGGGACUGUGCCGCUCUCACGUGGGAGUGACCUUGAUGAUCACGUCGCAGCAGUCAAGCCCAAUGGCAGCCAUGUGUCCUGCUCAGAUACUCCAGCUGCUGCAUACAUCAAUGGCCAGACAGCAUCUGAGGAGUUUGAUCGAACUAUUCAAACUAUGGCGCAGGGCCGCUACGUCCAACAUGUGGACCUGCAGAAGCCAGUGUCAGGAGGUCUGGGAUUCAGCGUGGUGGGACUUAAGAGCGAGAAUCGCGGAGAACUUGGGAUCUUUAUCCAGGAAAUUCAACCAGGAAGCAUCGCACACUGUGAUGGGAAGCUCAAAGAAGCUGACCAGAUUUUAGCCAUCAAUGGCCAGCCCCUGGACCAAACAGUGACCCACCAGCAGGCUAUCGCCAUUCUGCAGAGCGCUUCAGAGAGGGUGCAGCUCGCCGUGGCAAGAGGACCGAUACCUCAGCUGGCCAGCCCUGCGGUGUCUCGCACACCUUCUGCUGCUAGUACACUCUCAGCUAACUCCAGCGCGUGGCAGCACGUGGAGACAAUAGAGCUGGUCAAUGAUGGCACUGGUCUCGGCUUCGGUAUUGUGGGAGGAAAAACCACAGGGGUUAUUGUCAAAACCAUCCUUCCUGGAGGGAUCGCGGAUCAGGAUGGCCGUCUGCGUAGUGGUGACCACAUCCUGAGAAUUGGAGAGACUGACCUGUAUGGGAUGGGCAGCGAACAGGUGGCUCAGGUCCUCAGGCAGUGUGGCAACAGGGUGAAGCUGGUGGUCACCAGGGGUCCUGUAGACGAGACUCCUUCUGUCUCUGCUGUCAUGCCCGUAGUGCUCCCCACUGUCACUGAACAACAGGGAUGUGAGGAGGAGGAAGCUGAAGCGUUUGAUGUGAGCCUUACUAAGAACACACAGGGACUGGGGAUAACUAUCGCUGGCUAUGUUGGAGAUAAAAAUUCAGAGCCCUCUGGUAUUUUUGUUAAGAGCAUAACAAAAGACAGUGCUGUUGAUCAAGAUGGGCGUGUUCAUGUCGGAGACCAGAUUAUAGCUGUAGACGGUGUUAAUAUCCAGGGAUACACCAAUCAGCAGGCAGUGGAAGUGCUCAGACACACGGGCCAGACAGUCCACCUAAAGUUGAUCCGGCGGGGCUUCAAGCCUGAGGAGAUCCCCCCUGCUGUUACCCCCGUCGCCACUGUCCUGACCCCAUGCACCACCGCCAUCCCCAUCCCCACCACCACCACUGUCAUGAGGGAGCUGGAGCUGGAGCUGGAGAGCAAUAAAGCCGAGGAGGCUGUUCAAGUCACCACAGAUGAAAAGGCGCUCCACACAAAGAGUGACGGAUCGGAUGUCAGCCAGGCCACAGAUCAGUUAACAGAAGACAAACAUGGGAUGACUCUAACAGCUGUUGAAGAGGAGGAACUAAUGACAAAAUGGCAAGAGAUUCUGGGUCCAAGUAAUGAAGUUGUAGUGGCUCAGGUGGAGAAAUACAGUGAGAGCAGUGGCCUGGGCAUCAGUCUUGAAGCUAGCAACGGGCACCAUUACAUCCGCUCUGUUCUACCUGAGGGUCCUGUUGGUCGCUGUGGCAAGCUCUUCAGUGGAGAUGAACUGCUGGAGGUCAAUGGUAUAUCCCUAAUUGGUGAGACCCACAAGGAAGUCGUCAGAAUCUUGAAGGAGCUUCCCCUCAGUGUAUUUAUGACCUGCUGUAGGCCCGCCCCUCAUCUGCAGACUGACAUGGAAACUGUCCAACCAGAGUCAGAGGAUUUAUCCACAACCCCAGCAUUGAAGCAGAAACAAAUAGACCUGAGCAGUGUUCUGGUUGUUGAAGACUCAGAAGGGAACACAGCAGCAGUGACACGGGAUAAUGUCACAGAGGAGGCAAUAGGAUCUCCUUUAGCUAUGUGGGAGCUGGAGAUCCAGAAUAUAGAGCUCGAAAAAGGAGAAGGAGGACUAGGAUUCAGCAUUCUGGACUACCAGGACCCACUGGACCCCUCUAAGACAGUGAUCGUGAUUCGCUCUCUGGUUCCUAACGGUGUCGCGGAGCAGGAUGGCAGACUGCUGCCGGGAGACAGGCUCAUGUACGUCAACAGCACCGACCUGGAGAACGCCAGCCUGGAGGAUGCCGUGCAGGCCUUGAAGGGGGCCAAGCUUGGCACGGUCCAGAUAGGAGUUGCCAAGCCACUGCCCGAUUUAGGAUAUUCCCACUCUCCACACCCAUAUGGUGAGCAGGAAAUAACUUCAUCAUCCACCAUCCAUUCAUAUGCCUUCAACAAUAUAAGGGUUGAAGAAGGAGAGGAAGGAGGACUGGCUGAGGGCGUCGUUUACCGAGCAGAGCCUGCAUUGAUUGACACAGGAGAAGCCGACCUGUCUGACGAGAAGAUGUUAGAUCACACUUACUCUAGUAUCAUGGACGACACUUUCCAGGCGUCCAUGAUUGCUCUACACGGUAGCACCUGCAGUGCAGACUUGGACUUCCUGCACUCAUCUACACCCAAGCUGACAGCUCGUCUCGACUUGUCGGAGGAGCCUCCUCGCUUCGCAGCGGCGUCCGGCUUCCCAGACGACACUCAGGCGUUCUCUCUGGAGAAGUCACCCCCGUUCUCCCCUCCGAGUCUGAGAGGUCACGCCUCCGAUUUGACCUCCAUACUGAGCAGUAAUGAUCAGUACCUGGCACAGCAUGUGAGCAAAGAGGAAGAAGUGGAGACCUUGAACUCAUACAGCACGUUUGCUAACGUCCCAGAGGAGUCUGUGGCGCUGCCUCCGUCUUUUGGAGAUAUAAAGAUUUUGAUGAAGGACGAGGACAUCGGCGUAGAAGAACCGGCAGAAGACGAUGACAAGGAGGCGCUGACCUCCGGGAGCAACUUUGAAAGGACUAUCACUGUUGUCAAGGGCAACUCCAGCCUUGGGAUGACGGUGAGCGCCAUGAAGGAUGGUCUGGGAAUGCUGGUUCGCAGCAUUAUCCACGGUGGCUCAAUCAGCCGCGACGGGCGUCUGGGUGUGGGCGAUCUCAUCCUGGCUAUUAACGGCGAACCUACAGCCAACAUGACGAAUGUUCAGGCCAGAGCCAUGCUGAGACGACACUCUCUUAUUGGACCGGACCUGGGAUCUUGUGCCACCGAGGACGAUCUGUGCCCAUUUUAUGUCAUUACAUAUGUUCCAGCAGAGUACCUGGAGGAGUACAAGGCCAGCCUGGAGCAGACUACAGAUGAGGUCUUCCCUGAAACUGCCCCAGUCACAGUCCCAGAUCCAGAUCCUGCUCCGGUCUCAGAUCCAUCUCAAAAAGAUAUUCCUAACCUCCCUGAAAGGGAAGAUGGUGAGGGAGAGGAGAGCGCCUCUUACAACAACUGGAAUCAACCAAGGAAAGUUGAGCUCUUCCGCAAACCCGGCAAGUCCUUGGGUAUCAGCAUCGUUGGAGGCCGAGGGAUGGGCAGCCGGCUCAGUAAUGGAGAGGUCAUGAGGGGCAUUUUUAUCAAGCACAUCCUGGAGGACAGUCCUGCUGGACAGAACGGGACCCUGAAGACCGGAGACAGGAUUGUAGAGGUGGAUGGCGUGGACCUAAGAGAUGCAAGUCACGAGGAGGCAGUGGAGGCCAUACGCAGGGCGGGCAACCCGGUCUCCUUCUUGGUCCAGAGUAUUAUCCACAGGCCGAGGAAGCCGCCCCUGCCCUUUCUGAAGCUUAAUAGCCACUGUGGAUCGAGCCUUCGCAGCACUAAUCAAACCUUCUUAGCUCCUGCCCUCCCCCAGUCGUCAAACACAGACUCCAGUGAGGAGCGAGCUGCAGCUAUGACGAGGGACAACAAGGACAAGGAGGCUGACAGUCACAGUAGACUUGUCCUCUUCCUCUCUCCAACUAACCCUUUUACUCCUACCCCGUUUAAGCUGACGAAGCGUGAAGCAGCGAAGGCGGCUCCCACCAGCAGCAGCCUCCCCCUGCCAGUGGUGCCCCAUGUGGGAGAGACCGAUACCGACACGCUGACGGAGAUUCCUGGCAGUCCUGCCGCUGAGGCAGAGGAGGACAACGAGGUGGAGGAGGAGAUGGAGGAUGAGUUUGGAUACAGCUGGAAGAACAUAAUCCAGCGCUACAGCAGCCUCCCAGGAGUCCUACACAUGAUAGAGCUAGAGAAAGGCAAGACGGGCCUGGGACUCAGUCUGGCAGGGAACAGGGAUCGCUCACGCAUGAGUGUAUUUGUGGUGGGAAUAGACCCCAGCGGGGCGGCCGGCAGGGACGGACGUAUGGUCGUGGGGGAUGAACUCCUGGAGAUCAAUGGACAAGUCCUCUAUGGCCACAGUCACCAGAACGCCUCCUCCAUAAUCAAGAGCUCUCCGUCUAAAGUCAAAAUCAUCUUUGUCAGGAACACAGAGGCGCUGAACCAGAUGGCUGUGGGACCGGUGUUGGAGCACGAGGGAGACACAGCAGAGCCCCACACUGAGCUUGAAUCUGCUGCUAAUGGUGAAGCUGACACUUCAGAGAAUGUGAAUCACAUCAUAAAGCUGAAGGAUGAGGGAGGACAUGGAAUCACCUUUGUGGAGGGAAACACAGAAAGCGGAGUGGAGAUUCAGAGUAUAUGUGAAGUGGAAGGACAUGCAAUGAAAGAGGACUGCAUGAAACCAGGGGACAAACUCUUAACUGUGAAUGGGGAAUCAGUGCUCGGCUACUCUGUGGAAAAGGUGAAUUCUCUUCUGAGAAAAACCAAAGGCCCUCUGAAGCUAACCUUCUCUGCAUUUGAGACCUCCUCCUCCUCCUCUCCCCAGUCAACCUGCCAGGAUGGCGUCCUCACCAGUUUACCCAGCAUGCCUAGUGCAACCACGACUUCAAUGAACCAACCAGAGGCGGAGGCAGCCACUAGUUUGAGCCGCUCAUCCACGCCCUCCACUCUGACCUGUGACCCAGCGACCUGUCCCAUCAUCCCAGGGUGUGAGACCACCAUCGACAUCUCAAAGGGCCGCACAGGCCUGGGCCUGAGCAUCGUGGGGGGCUGUGACACCCUGCUGGGGGCCAUCAUUAUCCACGAAGUAUACGAAGAAGGGGCAGCCUCCAAAGAUGGCAGACUCUGGGCAGGAGACCAAAUCCUUGAGGUGAAUGGCAUCGACCUGCGUGCAGCCAGUCACGACGAGGCCAUCAACGUGCUGCGUCAAACCCCGCAAAGAGUCCGCCUGACCGUCUACAGGGACGAGGCCCAAUACAAAGAGGAAGACCUGUGGGACUCGUUCACUGUGGAGCUCCAGAAGAAGCCGGGCCAGGGCCUGGGCCUGAGCAUUGUGGGGAGGAGGUCACGGGAGCAGAGGAACGACACAGGAGUAUUUGUGUCUGAUAUUGUGAAAGGAGGUUUGGCAGACACUGAUGGAAAACUGAUGCAGGGGGAUCAGAUCCUGUCAGUCAACGGAGAGGAUGUUAGAUCUACAACUCAGGAGGCUGUAGCUGCUCUGCUCAAGUGCUGCGAUGGGCCUAUAAAAAUGGAAGUGGGGAGGUUUAAAGCAGGCCCCUUCCACUCUGAAAGACGGAUGUCUCAAAAUAGUCUGAUGAGUGAACAAGGCAGCUCAAAGGUGGCCUCCCAGCUGUGUUCAGACUCUGGAAACCUUCCUGCUGAUGCUGACAAACUAACUGCCGAGCAUCAGGACACCCGGAUGGUGGAGUUCACUAAAGGUCCCAAUGACUCUCUGGGCAUUAGUAUAGCAGGCGGUGUGGGCAGCCCUCUGGGUGACAUACCCAUCUUCAUCGCCAUGAUGAAUCCUGUGGGCGUGGCUGCUCAGACGCAGAAACUCAAGAUUGGUGACCGCAUCGUCAGUAUCUGUGGAACGUCAGCUGAAGGAAUGAGCCACUCACAGGCGGUCGCUCUACUGAAGAACGCCACAGGCACAAUUCAGCUGCAGGUUGUAGCAGGUGGUGACACCACUGUGACAGGUCCCUCUCAGGAGCAGGCAGCAGGAGGUCUCACACCCAGCUGCAUCUUCCAGGAUGAUCUCUGCCCUCCUCAGUAUAAGACCAUCACUCUUGGACGAGGACCAGAUGGAUUGGGGUUCAGUAUAGUCGGAGGGCACGGCAGUCCCCAUGGAGACUUACCGAUUUAUGUUAAAACUGUUUUUGGAAAGGGAGCAGCGGCAGAGGACGGCCGUCUGAAGAGAGGAGACCAGAUAAUGGCCGUUAAUGGACAGACCCUGGACGGUGUCACUCACGAAGAGGCUGUUGGCAUCCUGAAAAGGACCAAAGGGACUGUCACCCUCACUGUGUUGUCAUAGCGACACAUAUUCAAACACUGUCUUCACUUUGUUAUUACUCUCCUUAUCACACAUGAAGUUAUUCCACAUCAAGAAAGACUGAAACUUUUUAUGUAGCAUGACAUGCCACGGGUGUGAUGUCAUAUCUAGCACAAUACUCAUGUCACAGCUAGAAGAGUCACCUGUGGAUAUAUACACACUGAAACAUGAACUAUACACUGAUAAACAGAAGGAGCCUGAUAAUUCAAUGUAGCUUUCAACACUGUAAGACACGUUAGCCUGUAUUAUAGGUAUACCAGAAAACAGCAUUUAUCACAGAAACAGUCACCCAAAAAUACACCUAAAAUAUUAUGUUAAGUAAAUAUUAAGCCUCACAAACUGUUUGCAAUGUAGGGAAACAUUUAUUGAGUAGUUAAUGUGUCUGUAAAUAGUUUAAGACACAUAGCGAAACUCAUGUUACAUUCCAUGGCUCUGGACCGAAGUAUUUAGAGUUUUUUGCUGUUGUCUGUAUUACAUUUAAUGGCUUGCAUGGUUUAUUUUUAUGACUAUUAUACAACAGGGAGGGCCCCAAGGUAGAGACACAAGAUUUCAACAGAGAAGCAGUCUUUUUUUAUUGCGAAUUUUAAUAGUCUGGGGUCUACUUAUGGGGGAAACAUCCCACUGAAUUAAGAGCAUAAAACAGAAUGAAAACACUCCUGGAGCAAUUAACUGAUUAGUAGGAUUUAGCUAAUAGCUAUAUUAGCUGAUAAUAGCAUUAUUUGUUUCUUACAAUGCCCUGCUGUUGGCAAGUUUUCCGUUAGAUUUUCCUGAAAGCCUAAUGCUGCUUACUGGUGUUUAUCAACUUAUCAUGAAGUCACUGUUGUUUAAACAAGUGGCCAAGAGAGCAUUUUUGAAAGUGCUAAAGGACUGAUAUUUUCAACACAUCCCUGAAGGAAAGAUGUGAAUUCCUUGAUGCGUGGUCAUGAAAUUAAGAAAUGUGUUUUAAGUGCACACUUGAGGAGAAGUGUUUGUGUGUAUGACUUAUUCACUGAACGUUAGUGCUGCUAAAGCUGACACAUUAGGUAUUAUUUCACAGUAUUUCUAUUUUUUAAAGUAUUCAUUAUUGUUUGUUUCAUUUAAGCGCACAGAAAAGUAAAAUGCCUGCUAUCUUGUAUGGAAUAGACAAGUGGUUUUUACUAAGUGUUAAAAGGUCAAAUGUUUAUGGACCUGAGCUCAUUUUGACCUUAUUAUUUACCCAAAACACGGUCAUGUAGAGUGUAGAAUUCAGAGUCAUUAGAUAUGUGUGUGUGUGUGUUGUGUGUCCUAGCCCUUUCAGAGAACUCUGUGUGUUCUCUAGAACUGUCUAUGUGACAGUAUUGAAUUUAUUCACACUGAAUUAAAUAAAAGUGACCUUUGGAUUCAA